CCUUCCUUUGGCACGAUGGGGGGGGGGGUGUUCCUUCCCCCAAGACUUUUCUAGUCUUAACUCAGACCUUCAUUUACCAACUGGAAAUGCCCCUCUGGCCUCCUUGGCAUCAUUUCCAAAUCCGUUUCUCUAAAGAGAUUCUACAUCCAAAUAGAGGUCGUUCCUCUUCCAACCAAUCAUGAAGAUAAACCCUUUACUGUGGCUUUGUUUGGACUUUUCUCUGUUUGGUUAAAAAAGUCGUAUGGGUACUAAUUUCAUUUAUCAGAAUAAGGUAAUGUCAGGUCUGCCAUCUUCAGCCUCUUCGUUUCUCUGGCAUCCUGCCAUAAAAGUCAGGUAUCCUCCGGGAAUGAGGUCACAGGUGCUUCUCUUUUUCACUCGCCUGCUGGGGCAGAUGCAGAGUCCUCUCAUGCAUUACUUCAAUGUUUACCGGCCUGUUCAGAAACUUAUUCAGCUUCAGGGUGAUGCAUUGGGCCCCGAGCCAGAGAAGGAAGUGUUGCAGUUUAUUGCUGUUCUGUGUACCAAAAUCAGGCAAGAACCUGCUCUCCUGCCACAUGUCCUAGAGGGCCAGAAUAUUGGUUUGCUGGGAUUGGCAGCUAAGCCAAGCAUGACCUCUGGCCAGAGCCUGCCUUCUUCUGAAGUACAGGGUGGAGGUCUGUGUCCAGAGAAACCCCUCGGAGGGGACCCCACUGCUUCCCGGCUGAAUUUGGUGACUUCUCUGAUUGGCUUGUGCAAGAGCAAGAACAAGAAGGUUGCACUAAAAGCCCAAGAAAAUCUACUGCUGCUUACCAGUGUGGACCAUCCAACCGCUGCCCAGGCCUUGGCCCAAGACAGCCUGCUGUGCCUUCUGCUAGCCAACUACCUCUGCUCCCUCUACAAUGCCAUCCCUGGUACCACCAACCCUGCUGAUAUUGCCACACUUCCACCAGUCCAGUGGAGGCUUCAGCAUGACACCUCAGACAAGGGAAGCUCCUUCCCAGGGAAACACAGCCUCCAGGCUUUCUUUGGCUGGAUGGAUUUUUGUGACUGUCUCGUGAAAGAGGCUCAUCCCGUUAUUGGAGAUGCUCUGAGCACGACUGUGGGUCGGAGGUUCUUCCUGGAAACCUUGCAGCCUCAACUCUUGCAGAUGUCAGACUCUGGGAUUCUCUUUUCACUAGCCCUCCUGAAGGGGCUGGUUAGGCAGAUACAUGCUCCUGCCCUCCUUCAGCAGCUGGUUGGGCUUCUGCUGGGAGCGGAAAUAGAUCCCGUCGGACCCAGCAAUUCAGCCUGCCGGCAAGAGAGAACCAACCUCUGCUCACAGCUGAUUGAGUACUGCAGCCAUCCGUCCGAUGAGGUCAGUGUGGCCACCCUGCGGCUGUUUGAGGAGCUGGUUUGGCUUCCUGACCAGCGCAUCUUGCAGAGCCUGGUGCUGGGCCAUCUGGAGGAGCGCAGCUACGUCUUGGGAACUCUGCUUGGUCAGGAAGACCUGGCCGUCCCUGAGCAAGAGUCUGGGGAAGAGGGGCUAGACCUCGAGGAAGACCCUUACUUUGCAGAUGGACUCCCAGCCACCAUGCUCCAGAGGCAAAACCAAGCAGCUCCUUGGGCUCCAGAGGAAGGGCCUGACCGGCCAGAGGGGCCUAGGGAUGUGAAGGAGGCAGUUAGCAGCUUCCUUUGCCUCGUACCAAGUGAAGUGAAGACCUCACCGUACCUGGAGGAGGCAGGAUAUGACACUUACGUCCAUGAUGCUAAAGAACUGUUUGAAGAAUGCUGUGCGAAUGUUGCGCCCUGGACGUGGCCCCAGGUUCAACCACCCCAGAAGACCAGCCUUGCAGGACCCCCAUUUUAUGAGGGCCGUUUCCUGGAGGUGCUCUUCAACCGGCUGGCCCAGAUCUUACACCAGCCCUACGCAGUGAACCUGCAGGUGACAUCGCUGCUGUCCCGCUUGGCCCUCUUCCCCCACCCUCAUCUCCACGAGUACCUCCUGGACCCCUACCUCCCUCUGGCCCCUGGCUGCAGGACCCUCUUCUCUGUGCUGAUUAGGGUGAUUGGCAGCCUGAUGCACACGGCUCAUCGGAUCACAGACUUUCCGGCCAAUUUGCUGCUGGUGCGGAGGAAGCUCAUGGGGCAGGUGUCAGAGGAGCACCCGAUCAGUCACCAGAUGCUCUUGGAGGGGGUGAUUGUGCUGGAGGAAUUCUGCAAAGAGCUGGCUGCCAUCGUCUUUGUCAAGUCUGCCCUCAAGGGCCCGCCUGGGCAGAGCCAGCCAUGCCCACCUUCACCCAACUGAGAACUCUGGGUCUCCUUGGCUGAGAGCAACCCACACAGACUUCCUUGGGGCAGCUGCCACCUGCUUGUCCUUGGCAUAAAAGGGGCUCCAAACAAGGAGGGACGGUUGGGAUGAGCAGCUCGUCAGCAGCCCUGGCUCAGCUCUCCCAAGAAAAAUCCUCUCUGGUCUUCCUUGACCAGGCUGGAACUUUGUUGGCUGCCUUCUUGUGCCUGACCCGGAUUUUGCCACUCCUUUUCGUACCCUGGAGGUCUUCUUGGCAGCUUCCUCAAGAACAGACAGCUCCAGAUGAAGCAUCUGCAUUUUAUCUUCUACAAACAGUAGCAAGACAAGGGCUGUUUUCAGCUUAGUUUAGCCACCGGGAUUAAAUCAUGGAGGUCCUUGUAAAA